CUGUCAUCUCCCGGAAUCGUCUUGCCUCUUGGAUAGGUUAAUUUGUUUGUUAGAAAAAUCCUAUUAGAAAUACCAAUAUAUUAUUAUGAGUAAUAUAUUUAAGCUGAAAUUAACUGCUCUAGGCCAUCCUAAUCCAGGAGACUUCAAUUGCGAGGAUGAAAAGGAAUACAGAAGCGUAAUUUUGUGGCUAGAGGAUCAGAAAAUCAGGCAUUAUAAGAUAGAGGAGCGGGAUGGUUUGAGAAAUAUAGAGAAGGAUAGUUGGAAGGACGCUUUCAAUACUUACCAGAAGGAUUUAGUAAGCCCAGUCUUAGAGGGCACUCCAAAUGAACAAUUAAAUUGGCUUCUCUCAUAUGCUGUGAGAUUAGAGUACGCGGAUAAUGUUGAAAAGUACAAGAAUGCAAAGGUGGCAAAACCAAAGCAGGCUGCACCCAAUGUUGUAUCCUCUAAUCCCUUGGAUAACCUUGACUUUUCAAGUCCAGCAUUCAAGGCAGGUGUAGAAAGAGUCUGCACAUUAGCUGGAGUCGGACCUCACCCAGACCCUAAAUUCCGGCUGGCAGCCCUAGCCAACAUUCUAAAGACCACACCACACCCAGAACCACCCCCAACUGAGGCCAAUUUAAUACAACAGCCAUCUGACGUCCUGAAGCUACUGUUUGUUCAAGAUCUUAGAGAUUUACAGACCAAGAUCAAUGAAUCAUUGGUUGCCGUCCAAACUGUAACUGCUGAUCCAAGAACUGAUACUACACUUGGAAGAGUUGGUAGAUAAGUUGUAAUAAAUCAGUUUGGGCAUCUUUUUGAACUUAAUGAUCUUGUCUAUUACACUGGCUGAAGAUAAUUAUUGCAAUUUUAUAAACUCAUUUCUUGUAUCUUUGUUAUAUAGAAGAUGCCCAAAAAUCUUAAUUUACAAAUGAUUAUUAAUGUGCUGUCACUGAUCACCACAUUGAUUUAUGUCUUGUAAAU